CACCUCCCAUCAUUUUCAGUUAGACAGGUUUGAAGGAAGGGAAAGGAGGGGAGAUACAUAAACCAAAGAGUGAGACAUUGAAAGGUUCUGUGACACCUCACACAUUCCCAUGCACACACUACCCCACACUUCCCUUUCCAUCUCCCCAUACUCUCCCUCUGGCCACCAUGCCUAUGCUCUAUGUUAUGUGCGGUAAUGGUCGCUCUCCGAUGAUAUUAUACCAGUCCGCAGCUAUAAACAUUCCUCAGAGGCCUACCCGAGCUUAGCCUUAUUUCGUACCCUUCUAGGCUAUCUGUUAUCUUUCGAAAGGUGGUUUCUUGGGUCUUCUCUCUUUCUUACUUCCUCCGUGAUGUUUUUCACACCACCAUCUGUGUCUUGUUGGUUGACACAGUAGUUUGGAGAUGAUAGCGCCCAUCUUUUCUUGUCCAUCGGACGGUGAUAUCUUGUAUCUCACUAGCCUUGCUCAUGCCCUCUUGAACCUUCCUCCCUCUCUCUUUCUUUCCUGCCAAUCUUAUCAACAGCAAGGUGGUGUUGAGAACUGCUGUUAGGAGGGUUCGGAGUGCUUUCUUUUUCAUUAUUGGUAUUGCUCGGGGUGAUGGGAUCGCUGUGUAUGGACGUGAUGAAGAGGAGGAAGGCGAUGUGGCUCUACCCAAAGGUGGUGGGCUUCAACCCUCCCGAGAGAUGGGGGCACUCAGCCUGCUUCUUUGAAGGGGUUGUUUAUUUUUUUGGGAAAAAGGUGAGGGAAGAGGAGGAAUCAGAGGUCUUUCUAGGUGUUAGAUCAGGGUUGGCACACAAAGUUAGAGAAAGAGAAAGAGAAAGAGAGAUAAGAACCAUGGGCUGUUGUGGUGGAUUACAUUUUAGUGAUGUCGUCACUCUCGAUCUAGAUACCAUGUCCUGGAGCUCCCUUGUUACAACAGGUCAAAAACCUGGAAACCGAGACAGCCACAGCACCGCGCUCGUAGGGCACAAGAUGGUGGUAUUAGGAGGUACAAAUGGUUCGAGGAAGGUAAAUGAUCUUCAUAUAUUAGAUUUGCGGACAAAAGAAUGGAGCAAACCCAAUUGCAGAGGCACCCCACCUUCACCACGUGAAAGCCACACUGCCACAGUGGUAGGCGAUGAUAAACUGGUUAUAUUUGGGGGAAGCGGAGAAGGGGAAGCAAAUUACUUGAAUGAUGUUCAUAUACUAGACUUGAAGAGCAUGACAUGGACUUCUCCGGAAGUGAAAGGUGAUCCCCCUGCACCAAGAGAUAGCCACACUGCAGUUGAGAUCGGCAAUAAGCUUCUUAUCUAUGGCGGUGAUUGUGGCGAUCGUUAUCAUGGGGAAGUUGAUAUAUUUGAUUUGGACACAAUGACUUGGUCAAGGUUGGCAGUUCAAGGAUCUUCACCUGGAGUCCGAGCAGGUCAUGCGGCAGUCAAUAUUGGGACUAAGGUUUACAUUAUCGGUGGAGUAGGUGAUAAACAAUAUUAUAAUGAUGUUUGGGUUUUCGACUUGGGCACCUUUUUAUGGGCACAACUUGAUAUUCGUGGCCAACAACCACAAGGGCGGUUUUCUCAUACUGCUGUAGUCAUGGGCAACGAUAUUGCUAUAUAUGGAGGAUGCGGAGAGGAUGAACGCCCUCUCAAUGAGUUGCUGAUCUUGCAGUUAGGGUCUGAGCACCCUAAUGGUCGUUACAACAUUUCCAUGUGCAAAAUUUUUGGUAACCACUGGAAUCAACAAAAACGGAAUUUUUGUAGAGGAAUGGAAGAUUUGAAAAAUGUGGUUCUGAAAAAUGGAGAGCUUUGUCAGCGAUCUCGCGAAGUGGAAUCAGAACCAAGGAACUCUCUUUUACGUGGUUUGGAUAAUAUGAAAGCAAAAAGGAGGAAAACUGGAGAUGCUAGAGUGUGGGAGAUUGAAUCAGAACAAGAAGAACAUUCUCUCUCGCUUUCUCAGCACUCAUCUCCUUCACAAUCUGAUCAAGAGCAAAAUACUGUCAGGAAAUUGUCGACUUCUGCCAACGACUCGAUUUUGGCCUCUCAACAAUUUGUUCACUUCAAGCAACAUCCUCAGAGGGAGCCAUUAAAUGGUGUUCAAAGGACUAUUUUGGAUGGACAUAUCUCGGGUGGAGAACCCCCGAGACAGCCAAAGACAACACAAUUUCUUCGUGCUGCUCCCAAAGCAAAGCAAGAAGUUCCAUUUCUAGCUGUAGAUCAAAAGCCACAGCCAAGGCCUGCUGUUCCUCCAUCGAUUGGAGCCGAGGUUCAUGGCAUGGUGGAUGGAGCAUUUGACUCUGGGUACCUCAUGACUGCUUAUGUUAAUGGCCAGAUUCUCAGAGGCGUCUUGUUUUCUCCAGGAAUAGGUGUUGCAGCUCCAAGGUCUGCACUACAUUCUCAAGGUCUAACAGGCUCUGCUGCUGUUUCACAGCAUUGUUCAGCUGCUGCUGCUCAUGCCAUUCCGAUCCAAAUCAGGCCACAUCCACAACCGACGACCUUUGUGCUGCCUGAGUGUGGGCAUCAUGGGCGGCAGGCUCACCGAGACCAAGUUGCCAAAGCCCAACCAGCAAAGCUUAACAGCGAUCUACAAGGUGUUGUCCUGACGUUGGGAGGACCUGGGGGAGGCAGUGCACCUUAGAGUUGAACUGCAAAACUCUUAGAAGUCUUUCUGAAUUGACUUGUAUUGUAAAUUCUAAUAUCAGGAAUAAGAAUAGAAGCUUUUGAGCUGUUUAGCUUCAGGAUUUGUUGUUACAGUUGGUUUUGUUCCUUUGCCUUUGUUCCCAUAUGGUAGGGCAUCCUUAGUGUUUUAUUGUUAAUCUUACCUAUAAAUAUUGAUUUUGAUGUAGUUUGCUUGCAAGCAAUCCGUUGGUGUUUGGUCAAUUUGUUUGUAGCCAUUUUCUGAUGGCCAACCUAAUAAGUUGUACCUGACUGAUGGUUAUAAGCUUUUAUAUUUGAGUGCUACUGAUAACUGCAGUUGUUACUCUC